ACCUUUCAUUCCUUUUCUCUCUUCUCUUUUCUCUCUCUUGUCUCUCUCUCUCUAAAACAAAUCAUAUAGUUUAUAAAAAUGGAUCAUGAUCAAGAAGGCAAGAAAAUGAUGAUGAUGAAGGGUAUAUGGGUAAAUGUGGUAGUGUUGAUAGCAAUAGCAAUUGUAACAAAGCUAGUUGUACAACUAUGGUGGAAGCCAAGGAAAAUUGCAAAGCAUUACUCAAAUCAAGGAAUUAAAGGCCCUCCUUAUAAUUUCUUCAUUGGUAAUAUGAAAGAAUUGGUUGAAAUGAUGCUCAAAGCUUCUUCUCAACCUAUGACUCUUUCCCAUAAUAUCCUUCCUAGAGUCCUUCCUUUCUACCACCAAUGGAAGAAAAUUUAUGGUGCAACGUACCUUAUUUGGUUCGGGCCAACCCCGAGGCUAACAAUAGCGGAUCCGGGUCAAAUAAGAGAAAUAUACUCCACCAAGUCAGAAUUCUAUGAAAAAUAUGAGUCUCAUCCUCUUGUUAAAAAACUUGAAGGUCAUGGUCUUGUAUCUCUUAAAGGUGACGUAUGGGCUCAUCGUAGAAAGACCAUUUCACCCAUCUUCCACCUCGAAAAUCUCAAAUUGAUGAUACCCAUAAUGGGAAAGAGUGUGGGCCAUAUGUUAGACAAGUGGUCCUUGAUGUCAAAUUCAGGGAAAGUUGAACUUGAAGUCUCAGACUGGUUUCAAAAUUUGACAGAAGAGGUUAUUACAAGGACUAUCUUUGGGAGUAGCUAUGAUGAUGGCAAGAAGAUCUACCAAUUACAAGCUAAACAAAUCGUCUUUGCCGCUGAGUCCUUUCAAAAGGUUUUCUUCCCCGGACACGGAUUCCUGCCAACGAAGAGGAACAGAACGACGUGGAAACUAGACAGAGAGAUUGAAGGGUUAUUAAUGAAGUUGAUUAGUGAGAGGAAAGAGAGUAUUCUAAGACGGCGAGGAAAGGAAGAGGAAGAGGAAGAGGAAGAGGAAGAGAAAGUCGGGGAAAAAGAAUGUCAUAAAGAUUUGUUAGAGAUACUAAUACAAGCGAGCAUAAACACCAGUAAUAAUAGUAAUAGUAAUAGUAAUAGUAAUAGUAAUAAGAAAAUGAUGAUGAAUAUAAGAGAAAAAGACAUAGUAGAAGAGUGUAAGAGCUUCUUCUUUGCUGGGAAACAUACAACUUCAAAUUUGAUGAUAUGGACAAGUAUACUCUUAGCAAUGCACCCUCAAUGGCAGCAAUUGGCACGUGAGGAAGUUAUGAGGGUGUGUGGAGCACGUGAUAUCCCUACCAAAGAUGAUGUUUCUAAUCUAAAGACGUUAACAAUGAUCAUAUACGAAGUCCUAAGGCUGUACCCACCCGUGGUAGCAACGAUCCGACGGGCCAAAACCGAAGCGGACCUUGGAGGCCUUAACAUUAAAGAAGAAACCGAGCUCCUAGUCCCAAUCUUAGCCGUCCAUCACGAUCCGGCAAUAUGGGGCCCGGAUGCAUCAGAAUUCAACCCGACCCGUUUCUCUCAAGGCGUGUCUCGGGCUGCUACCCACCCGACCGCCUUCAUACCAUUCGGGCUCGGGGGACGCCAAUGUAUUGGCCAAAACCUAGCAUUGUUACAAGCCAAAUUAGCAAUAGCCAUGAUCUUACAAAAGUUCACCUUAGAAAUGUCACCCAAUUAUAAGCAUGCACCAACCGUUUUAAUGCUCCUAUAUCCUCAAUUCGGAGCUCCGAUUAUAUUUCGUAGCUUGUAGGAUCCAAGAUCCGACCCUAACCCACAUAUUUUGAGUCCUACAUACAAAAAAACCCUACAAAAUAAAUUUUUUUCUCCCCUUCUUUAACAUUUUUUCAUUCCUUUUUUAAUUUGGUUGUUUUGAUGGUUUGCUUAACUUUUUUGCCAUUUCACUAACCCGUAUGUGAAAAAUAUUAGAAAUAGGACUUAGAAAUCUUUCUUUUAUUUAUUUUUUAUAUAUAUAGUUAGCAUAUUGUGUCACUCAUUGUAAAUUAAAGUAUAUAUUUGUAUACAUUUGCUCCUGACUGACACCUUGUAAUAUAUGAUAAAAUUGUUCAUGUUAUACACAUUCUCUCCGUUCCAUUAA